AUGCUCGCACCAUAUACGCCUCCAAGUCUCGUCGAUAAUCAGGCAUUCAACGCGGGGAACCACCAUCGUCCCAAUCUUGUCUUUACCAAUGUCCGACUGGCUCACCCAGAUCCAGCAAAGGCAAAUCGUCUGUGGAAGGUCGAAUGCAGAGGCGGACGUGUGUCAAAGGUCUCCGGAAUGGGCGACAACGUAAAGACCACAUCGCUAAAGUAUUUCACAUUCGACUGCAAGGGGGGGUUCAUGUUACCGGCCCUAUGCCACCCACACAUACACCUCGAUAAGUGCUUUAUCAUGUCGAGCUGUGGUGAUCUCCACACAGGUUCAUCUAGUGAUUUUGUGGAGGCGAUGGCUCUAACUGGAAAGGCCAAAGCCUCGUUCGACAAAAGAGACCUCUACUAUAGAGGCGCUCGACUUGUCUUGGAGAGUGUGGAAUGCGGCGUUACUUGCAUGCGUGCACAUGUCGAAGUCGAUACUAUCGUUGGGUCAAAUUGUAUUGACGUUGGCCUGCAACUGAAACGCACAUUCCGGCCUAUCUGCGACAUACAGAUUGCUGCCUUCGCGCAGGAACCUCUAUUUGCCGAUCCUGAUGACGAAAAACCAGGCCCUAAUUUCGACCGUCUCAAAGAAGCUGUUGCACUUGAUGGUGUCUCCGUAGUCGGUUCUGCACCAUACGUGGAAAAGAACCUUGAUCAAAUGAAGCGCAACAUCCGCCUCAUUCUAUCGCUUGCCGCUGAACAUGACCUUCACGCAGAUUUCCAUCUCGACUACAACGUCGACCCUGAAUCUGAGCCCCUCAUCUACGAAGUCAUCGACCACGUUCGCAAUAACCGCUACUGGAGUGGAACCAGGGCCGAUGGCUCUCGUCCCAGUGUGGUGAUCGGCCAUGCGUCUCGGUUGCAGCUGUUCCCUCCCAGCCAGUGGAAGGAUCUAGCGAAAGAGAUACAGGAUCUUCCUAUCCAUCUCGUCGGACUGCCUCAGUCAGAUAUGUACAUGCUUGGGCGUUCAGAUGCAAAGAAACCCCUUGGUCCACCAAGAAGUACCCUCCACGUCCCGAAGAUCAAGAAGGAUUAUGGAAUCAAAGUAGCAAUGGGAGUCAACAAUGUCGACAAUCCGUUUACCCCUCAAGGUUCUUUGGAUCCUCUUUCACUCUGUACAUUUGGUGUCGCUGUCUUCCAAGCUGCUACCACCGAGGACCUGGAAAUAUUAGCUAGUUCAGUAACCUACACCGCGAGGAAAGCAAUUGCGAUCGAAGAAUCUCAUAAAGCCAUCUUUCCAUCCCGCUUCGACCCAGCCGACUUCGUGAUUUUACAUGACAAUCACAGCCUUCAAUCCGCUAUCUUCUCGCCCUGCUACGACAGAACCACCAUUCGCGCUGGUCAAAUCGUCUCGCGCCGUCGAACGCACAAGUGGAACAUUGGCGUCGGGGACAUAAAAUGGUAUCGACGCACUUGGCCGGAACGUCUUCGUUGGGGAAAGUUAUGGUGCCCUCCAUAUGCUGCCUACCUCUGGUACAAAGGAAGACUAUUCCGCCCAAUGAUUUCGGUCUAUCCAAGGGAGUACGAGAUGAACUUCAAGGAUACUGAUUCAGUCGUUCUUAUGAACGCUGACGAAGACGUCAAGGAAGACGACAAGGUGUUGAGAGAGUUCGGGAUCAAGUUAAACCGCAUGGACAAAUACCCUGACUGGGUUAUACUGCAACAAGGCGCGCCGCCUUCGCUGUUCCUGAAGCCUUGGAUACCUUUGAGAUACCAAGAUGACGAUUGA